GGUCAAGCCCAAUGACAUCAUUUGGGCUGAAAGAACUGUUAUGGUGAUCUAGAAAACUGUUCAGAUACCCAGCCCAAUUGUAACAGGCAAUUUAAGAAAUCCCCAAAACAGCAAUUUCCCCAAUUUUCCUCCAAACCCCCCCAAACCUUUUUUUUUUUUUUUUUUUUUGGGGGUGCGGGGGUGAUUUGAUUUUCUCUAAACCCUAAACAUCUGAAGCCACAUUCAGAACCAGAAGAGAACAGGCAUAACCUCCAUUUCCAUUUUUUUUUCCCUUUCACUGCUAAUCAAACCAUAGAAAAUGUAUCUUCUUCGAAAACUCCCCAUCAAGCACCCAAAUUCCCUAUCAAUUCCCAAAACCCUCGCCGCUCGUUUCUACACCAACCAAACCCUUGAUCGGAGCUCAUUCCCCGACGAGCCAACCUCCGCCUACUACGAUGAGCUCACCAACAACGCUGCUCGAUCUGGGGAUCUGGAGACUAUACUUGUCCUGUUCAACAAGCGCAGAAGAGACGGUUGCUUCCCCACCACCAACACCUUCAAGUUCCUCACUAACACGGAAUCUUCUCGUUCAUCCCUCAUCACUCUCGUACAAACCCUAAUUCGUGUCGACAAGGGUUUGGCUCGGAACACCGCAUUCGAAUCCCUUAUCGCCCGCCUCUGCAAACUGGGUUGGAUCGACGACGCGCUGCAGGUGCUGGAUGCGAUGUCGAUCGGAGACUGCCGGUUCACCGCCUUCAGCUUUUAUCCGAUAUUGCAGGCGCUGACAAAGAAAGGGAAGGUGGAAGAAGCGUGGCGCGUGAUGGAACGGAUGAGAGAGGUAGGCGUUCCGCCUGAUCUGACGGCCUACAAUUACUUCCUGACUUCCCACUGUUAUGAUGGGAAUCUGAGGGCGGCGAGUGAGGUGAUGAAGAGAAUCGAAGAGGAAGGAUUGGGUACGGACGCCCGUACCUACGAUGCGCUGGUGUUGGGGGCGUGUAGGGCGGGAAAGGUAGAGGGAGCUCUGAUGGUGUUGGGGAAGAUGGUGGAUGAUGGAUUCCAUGUGAUGUACUGCACGCAUGUGCAUGUGAUUAAGGCUUUGUUGAAGCUAGGCUAUUAUGACCAGGCGGUGAGGUUUGUGCUGAUUUUCGCAGGGAAGGAUGAGAAACUGGAUACGGAGAGUUUUGGGGUUUUGGCUCACAAGUUGAUUACUUGUGGAAGGUUGGAUGAGGCAAAGAGGGUUUUGGAGGAAAUGGUUAAGAGGGGUUUGAAAAUGGGUGCAAAAUUAAGUAAGUUUUAUGAAAGUGAAUGUAAAGAAGUAAAAUGUAGCCAGAUACCUUGAUUUAAGAAGCUUAUAAUAUGCCAUUUGCCCCCAUUCUUUUUUGACAUUGAAAAACUUGGUAUAUUAUUGCUCGAGUUGUGUUGUUUUUGGCUUUUAUCAAGACUUGAGCAUUUAUAUCUUAAUCAUGCAAAUUACGCUAAUGAUUUUGUUAUACUCAGAACUAGAAUCUAUUCAGUUUAUUUGUUAGUUGUUGGGGAACAACUGAUAAUAGAUAUACUAUUGCUCUUUUGAAUAAAAUAAACCACUUUUA